AUUUUCAGGUGAUUAGUGCUUUGGGUUGUAUUACAUCAGGAGACUAGUCAAGGGCGAGUUCAUGCUCAAGCCGCUGAUUUUAAGUGCGCAGCGGAUAAACCUUCUUCACUCUUCCUCAAAGUUUACAACGUUUCGUCACUCAUUUGUUAUGACCAGUCCUGAAGAUCUCAGUAGUUCAGAAAUACAAGCUUUCAUCACCAAAGUUAAAAGUUUACCCGGUGGAACUAACAUUCAGCAAGAUGAAGCUGAAAAAGCGGCUCAUUUGUACCUCAGAGCUCGCAAGAGAGAUGUAGAGCGUGCUGUGGAAUUGUAUAAAGCUAACAAGCGAAUGCGCUAUACUGAAAAUGUAGAUUCAAUCGAUCCUUUAGAAGAUGGAGUUCGACGUGAGCUUCUAUCUGGUAAAUUUACUGUAUUACCCACUCUUCCUGAUGAUGAAAUGGAUGCAACUGUUGCCAUAUUUACAGCUUAUCGUCAUUGGCCUCCUUUAACUACACAUAGAGAUACUUUAAAAGGUGUUCUAUAUCAGUUAGAUGCAGUAAUGAUGGAUGAGCAGUCGCAAAGAAAAGGACUUGUGGUACUGUACGAUAUGCGUGAUACAAAAUAUUCCAAUUUCGAUUAUCAUCUUUGCAUCAAAUUGUUGAAUUUAUUCAAAGGUGUUUAUCCAGCUCGUCUACGUAAAGUGAUUAUCAUUGAACCACCAUUUUGGUUUCGAGCUCCAUUCAAUGUACUGCGAUUAUUUGUUCGUGAAAAAAUGCGAGAUCGGAUAUAUUCUGUUGGUUAUGAUGAAUUAAAUGUACAUUUGCCAAAUUCCACAUUGAAACGUUUAUUUGGUCAAUUAACAUUAAACCAACAUUUUGAUUGGCUAUUAAAUUGUUUUAAACGUACUGGUCAUUUUUCACGUAUGCCAACUGAUUAUUUUAAAUUGUCACAAUUAUCAUCAUUAAGACCAUCUGAUUCAAUUUAUUCAGCAUUACAUAAUCCUUUAUUAGGCAAUGAAUUGAUUGUUCAACUUGAUUUAUACAAUAAUAAUUAUAAUCAUGAAAAUGUCGAUGAUAAUACUGACAAAAUAAUUACUACUAAUACUAUUACUAAUGGUAGUAUUAAUAGUAAGGAUAUUUCUCUGUCUUCUAUUCAUGGAUCAUUACGUGUUCCUAUGAAAAAUCGACGAUGUUCAGAUGAUUUUUUACAUACAACUAUCAUAACAUCUUCGUCAUCACCAGCUAUAACGACAAUAUCCAGAUCAUCAUUAUCUUCCAUGGUUCAUGGAUCAACACAACCACAAUAUUAUAACACAAUAAAUGGAAGUAUUUCACCACUAUCACGACUAAUAGGGGAUACUGUUGGUUUACAAACAUCACCAUUACCACGUCGUGGAGUAUUAACUAAUAAUCGUAUGACUGAUUCAAUGUUUGAAACAUCUGUUAGUCAUAAUAAUAAAGAUUGUACAUCAUCAUCAACAUCAUCUAUGUUUCAUAAUGAACGACGUGUAUUCUAUCGAUCUGAUCGUCAUCUUUCUCAUUCCAACUCAUUUAGACACAGAACUAAUACAAUAACAACAUUAGCUAAUAAUAUCAGUAGUAUUAGUAAUGGUUCAAUAUAUUCCACUCAUUCACCUUCAUCUAAAGAUCAAUUAUAUGUUACAAAUCCUUUAUCGGAAACACGUUUGUCUGUAUCAGAAUUUAUCACUAGAGUGCAAAGUGUUGGUUCUAUUGGAUUAACUUUAGAAUUUGAUGCAUUAUUUAAAGAUAGUCCUGUGAAAGGUGCUUGUACGCGUUUUGCUCAAGCAUCAAACAAACGUCGUAACCGUUAUCUAGAUGUUCCUUGUUUAGAUUCAACUGCUGUGGAACUAUCAGACAAUACUUAUAUACAUGCGAAUUGGGUUGAUGGUUAUCAAUGUCCACGUGCAUAUAUAUUAGCUCAAGGCCCAUUAGAGAAUACAAUACGUGAAUUUUGGAUGACUGUUUGGGAGCAUAAAGUCAUCACUAUUAUAAUGCUUACCAAAGUUGUCGAAGGUCAACGUCCUAAAUGUGCAUUGUAUUGGCCAACAAGAAAUUCUUCUUCCUCCUUGUCAAAAGAUCAAUCUAUUCCCCGUAGUAGUGUUCACCCAGUGGAUACAAAAAUGACCCCAACAAUCAGUGCUACUUAUGGAGAAUUUCAAGUGACUAAUUGUGGUGAAUCUAUUGAAGCUGGUGGUUUAUACAAACGAAGUGUUUUAGAAGUGACAUGUAAAUCUUCAGUAAAUGAUGUCCAUAAUUCUACUACUCGUAUUGGUGUCAGUAGAUUGGAACGCAAUCGACAAAAAUCUAAAAUGAAUGUUCAAAAUUCUCUCAAGGAAUCCAAUGAUAAUAAUACUUUAUCAGAUAAUAAGAUAACAGUGCAUCAUUAUUUAUAUUUGGGUUGGCCGGAUUUCGAUGUUCCAGCGGAUUCAGAAGAAUUUUUGAAAUUUCUACUCACUGUUAAAAAAAGUCAUAAUUCAAGAUCAAAAUUAUUAUUCUCAUCAUCACUGUCAUCGUCGUCGUCAGUAUCACCACCAACAACAACGUCAACAGGAUCGUCAAAUCACAAAACAACUUCUCAAUCCGAUUCUCUAUCCCCAUUACUGGUACACUGUAGCGCUGGUAUUGGUCGUACAGGAACAUUUGUUACAACAGAUAUUUGUUUACAACAAGCAAUAAAUGAAGGUUAUCUUGAUGUACCAGAUGUGAUUAAUCGAUUAAGAUGUCAACGUGCUGGGGCUGUACAAGUUGCUAAACAAUAUGCAUUUAUUCAUCAAGCACUUGUAUCACAAUUAUCAAAACAACAAAUCAAUAAGCAUGAUGAUAACCAGCACAGUUGUGGUGGGGGUAAUAAUAAUGCUACUGUACUGUAAAUAUUUAUCCCUUCUCUAAAUCUACUCAUCUAUUAUACCUUCAGUUAUUUACUCAUUGUGAUAAACCAAAGCAAGAUUAUUAUUAUUAUUAUUAUUGUGCUGUUUUGUCGUUGUCUUUUUCUUGUAUGACCUACUGAUACCUCUCUCUUAUUGGUGUGUGCCUUUUUUCGACUUUUUUUCUUCUUUAGAAAAAUUCUUUCACUAUUUUGUGUGUUUUGUCUUUGGACAGUUCAAUUCCUGUUUUGUUGUUGUGUAUUUAUUUUGUGUGUGUGUACACAUUUAUACGUAUGUUUGUUUUUUGUCACUGAGAGUUUUAUUAUUAUCAUUAUUAUAACAAAUUGUUGUCUAUUUCCCAUUGAAAUUGUACACAGAUAUAACACUGAUUUUCUUUUGUAAAACUGACUAUAUUCUCUCCUUUUUUCUUAAUCAACUGAUAACACAUAUUUAUAUUCUUUUCUUUCAAUUUCUUCUCUGUGUACAGUGCAUCUAUCCUAAUUUUCUCUAUCACACACACACACACACACAUUUCAUUUAUACACAGAGACAAACUCACUCUGUUAAUCACAUUAGAUCUUUUUCAUAAUUCGAUUAAAUCAUUUGCAUGUGUAAAAUUCGAUCAUGAUCACAAUCGCAUUAGUCAUCAUUCGAUAUAAGAAUAAGAAUAAUAAGAAGUAGAAGAAGUAAAACCCCCCUUCUUCUUCUUCUUCACGAAUUAUCGACCCCCAUCAACUACAUUCAAUAUGUUUGAUUGAAUUUAAUCAUUGGAAUUAUUAUUCAAAAUAAAAAUCAAUAAAUACACUUUGUAAAUAAUACUUUUUUGUGAUUUAUUGAUUUUUCUUAUAUGAAAUAAAAUCAAUAGAGAUAUAUAACAUAUUAUCGCGCAUUCAACUAUCACUAUAUAGAUCUUAUUAUAAUUAUUAUUAUCUAAACUAUUUCUCUAUUUGCAUUUCGAUUAAACUAUUCAGAAGAGUGCAUUCUAGUUUAUCUAAAUUAAAACAAAGUCAUAAAAAUAACAUGAAGUACAUUUGAUUUGAUGACAAGUUUGUAUUAUAUACACUAUUCUAUCGAUCUAUCUAUCUAUCCAUCCACCUACUUACUCACUUACUUACUUACCUAUCUAUCUAUCUAUAUCCAUGAUUUAGAAAUUGUAAAAUGUAGACAUUGUUUAUGUUUAUUAUUAUAAUGAAUGUACUAUGUAUUUUAUCAUUACAGUGUUUUCUCAUUCAGUAUAUUAUUAUAUAUUCUGUAAAAAAAACAACUUUUUUUUCUAUUAUUUUUCUAUAUACUACUAUUAUCAUUUGGUUUGUAUUGUAUUAAACAUAUUAAUUAAUACUUCAAAAGUGAAUUGUUCUUCUCUCUUAUAUUCUUCUUCUUCUGUUUAAGAAAAAUGACAUAUACAUACUGUACAGUUAAUUUGAUCGUUUACCGUCAUAUAUAUAUAUAAUGUCCUAGUUGAAUAUCUCCCAAUGAAUAUAAACAGUCUAUAGAUAUGUAUUAUUGAAACUUCAUAUAUUUUGUUAAUAUCCAUAACGAAUAAUAAUAAUAAUAAUACUGUUUCCAAGACAUGUAGAUUCCUUAAAUUUAUGAGUUGGAAAAAUGUCAUAUUUUACUAAUAUUUAUCACUAGCUGACAUCAAUCACAUGGUAACAUUACAUAUACAGUUCAUGCUAGUUUUUGUUUGUUUGUUUGUUUGGUUUAUGUUUUCAAUUCCAUAACACAAUUCAUUGGGGAUUCAUUUCAGAGAUCAAACACAAUAUUAUUGAUUAAUAUUAGUUGUAUUUAAAAUGUAUUUUAUUCAUUCAAUUAUUGUAUUGUACAAAAUUAGAUCAUGUUUUUUUUUAAAAAAAUGAGAUAACCAGUUGUUAUUGUUUAUUCAUGGCAAUUGUUUCGUAUUUUCAUUUUGAUUAUUCAAUAAAUAAAUAGUUGAUUGUGUGGAAUUUCAAUGUUUAUUCAUUACAUCUUUUUCAUUUAUGAAAUAUAUUUAUUAACAAAGUCAUAUUUUCAAGUUCAGCAUGUGCAUUUCGUCCUAUUCGGGACGCGUUAAUUUGAACUUAUCUGCAUCUCAGUAUUGAUGUUCACAUUGAAAUUGAACCUAGUGUAUAUUCUACUUCAAAUAUAAACCUGUUGUCCAC